AUGAGGAACUCCACUCAGAUCCUAUCUCUAUUUCUACUGUGGACUGUAAUCAGCUCAGCAGCUGCCAUACUUGGUCUAACAAUUCCGAAUUCUCUCCGUCAAUAUCAACUAGGUCUAUCACAAAGCCAGCAGCCUAUUAUGGAUAAGCUUAUUCCAGGCUUCGUUAAGCCUCAGCAACCUCCUGUUCCGGAUUCAAAUUCACCUGUCAUAUCUGAUGUCCUACCAAAGACGAAGGGAAUCAAUAUCUUCGCACAACUAACUCGAGACUUUGACCCGAUCGCCUCCCGUCUGAAUGAUGCCUCAAAGAAUAUCACCGUCCUUGCGCCGCGGAACAGUGCUAUCCAGGCGCUGCCAAGAAAGCCAUGGGAAGAUCCGGAGGAUUAUGCUCAGUUUGGUGACGCAAAUGCGUAUGCAGGAGAGAGUGGACAGGAUCGGGCAAAGCGGAAUUUACAGCGUUUUGUAGAAGCCCAUAUCAUUCCUGCUAGUCCAUGGAAGGAGGGCGAGGAGAUGGAAACACUUGGAGGUGAGAAGCUGAAGUGGACAAAGGAGGGAGAUAAGAUAUUUAUUCAACCUGGCAACGUCGAGGUUGACAGCAUUGCAGAGCAAGUGGCCAAUGGAGAAGUCUGGGUACUGAAUAGUGUAAUCAACUACCCAGGGUACCGUUGA